CAAAACAUAGCAAAGUUAAGCAUCGCCUCUCCAGCUUCCAUCUCAAGAAAGAAGGAGGAAAUAAGUCAGCAAUCAACCAUGAUCAGCACCAAGAGGAUUCCUCAGCUCGCCAAGAAGUGGCAGAGGAUGGCAGCGCUUGGGAGGAAGCGUCUCAUCUGGCAAAAGGAAGCCGACGAGUGCUGCACCUCUGUGGCGAGCAAGGGCCACUGCGCGGUGUACACCGCCGACGGGGCGCGGUUCGAGGUGCCAUUGGCGUGCCUUGGGACAGCAGUCUUCGCGGAGCUCCUGCAGAUGUCGCGGGAGGAGUUUGGCUUUGGGGGUGAUGAUGGCAGGAUCACAUUACCCUGCGACGCCGCGGUCAUGGAAUACGCCAUCUGUUUGCUCAGGAGGGGCGUCUCUGUGGACAUGGAGAAGGCAUUCCUGAAUACCAUGGUCAGGUCGUGCCACUAUAAAAACAGUGUGGCACCGUAUGUGGCAGCUUGCUGUUAGUUGCAGUCGUAUAAGUGGAUGUAUAUUGUAGUGUUCAUCAGUGUAUGUAGGAAUUAGGAUAAAGAGAGGUUAUUCAGAGCCUUCUGAGUUCUGAUCCUGCAAAAAGAUCAAGGAUGGUGGCUAGCAAGUUAGCGCCACUGUUCUAGUUCAAUGCACAUAUCCUUUGUUGCACAAAUAAAUGACUUGUAACAAUUUGGGGCAAUAAGUUUCGUCAGCACAAAAAAGUUACUCCAACUCCGUGCUCCAGUUGAACCAGAACGUGCCAUUGUGCCUCUUGCAUUUCCAAGUUCCAACUGGCAACUUGCUGCGAUAUCCAGACUUUUGCUAUCAGUUUGGUUUACAGAACGUCAGGUGCUUACUCCCAAUCCAUGUUUUGUGGUCACUGGUCAGUAUCGACCAGUUCUAUCUAAGAAACAUACCUCAUGAAGGACACAUGCAAAUCGAGUCCAACCUGUCAAGGACCAUUCUGCCUGAGAUUGUGCAGUGAGAUAUCAAUUGUAGAG